AGGAAUGUCUGUUGGGCGUGGCGCAAGCUUCGUACCACGGAGCCAAAACAACAGCCCUGGGGCAGCCCGCGCUUCCCAGAUGGCCCGGUGCUCCGCGGACCACUGGGCAGGUGGCAUAUCCAGUCCCAGACUCAGAUGAUCCCAAGGCAUCCGAGGAGUAUUUGGAAAAGUUCAGCACCUUCCUCCGGGACAACCCACAGGUGGGCAUCUUCAUUUUCGAACCCCAGUGGGGCUCCAGUCGUUUGGGGCGGACCUGGCCGCCAGCAUUGCUUCGAGAGGUGAUCUCUCGCUGUCAUGCGGCCUCUCGCUUUGUGCUUUGCGAUGAGGUCAUGUGUGGCUUAGGCCGGCAUGGACAUGGCUCGCUGUUCUUGAGUGCCGCAUGGAAUCUGAGACCCGAUGCGGUGACCUUUGGCAAAUCCAUGGCAUCAGGCACUUUUCCUUUGUCGGGCGUUCUUGUGUUGCACGGCGGGAAGACAUUGCUGGAAGGUGGCGCCAAGAUUUUGCAAAGCCACACUUAUGCAGGGUCGUCGGCUUUGGCAUACCUUACUGCGAUUGAAAUUCUGAAAGAAGUGCCAUGCUGGUUCAGUCGGGCUGCUGCCUUGGGGUGCGUGGUCCGAGAAAUACUUGGCCCUUGCCAGCAUGAUAGCUUUUUUCAGCUGCACGGGCAAGGCCUUUUGUGGGGAGGCGAGUUCUUGGAUUCCAAAUUUGUUCUCAAGGACUUCCGGGAGGCAUGCCAUGAAAAGAAAGUGUGGCCAUACAUCGUUCCGUCCUGGCGCUUGGGUUUCAUGAGCCUGGCCAGCAAGAACCCCGCAUUGAAAACCAGCUGGAAAGCGAACGAGAAAAUCAAAUGA